AUGCGUUGGACGAAUGUGACCAAAAUGAUUGCAAAGAACUUCUUCACAAAACCACAAACUUCUGCAAAGCCGAGAGAGAGCAAAACACCAAGUCGAAGUUGA